AUGCGUCUCAGCUUCUUGUUCUGUGGCCUCGUCGCCGCUCUGGCUCACGCGCAGCCUCUUCUCAAUCCCCGUGCCGAAAAGCCACCAUAUUUUAUUGUGACUGGUGACUCGACUACCAACAAGGGGACUGGCUGGGGAGAAGGCUUCAUCAGUAAUGCCCAGAAUGGCGCGGAUGGUGUGAUCCGCUCGAAAGGAGGAACAACUACUGUCACUUUUAAGACUGGCGGCUGGUGGGAUAAGGCUAUCCAGUCUGUGAAGGACAACAAGGACAAGUACCGCCCUAUCGUCACCAUACAGUUCGGACACAAUGACCAGAAAGCGGAUUCCGGUAUCUCUCUCAGCCAGUUCCAAAACAACAUGAAGAAUCUGGCCGAAGAAGUCAAAAGCGCAGGCGGAAUCCCAGUAGGUGCAAACUCGGCACAUCCCCAGCUGACACCAUCGCAGAUCAUUAUCACCUCUCUGGCCCGUCGUGUGUUCCAUGACGGGAAAGCCAGCGAGAAUCUCAAGGAUUGGGCAGACGCAGCCAAGGCGGCGGCCAAGGCAGCAGGGGCAAAAUAUCUGGACCUGAACCGUGCCAGCACCGACUACCUGAACAAGAUCGGAGAGACGAAUGCUGCAAAAUACGACAAAAAGUCUGGGGACAAGACGCACUUGAAUGCCGCGGGGAGCACAGUCUUUGGCCGGAUCGUGACUGAUUUGAUGGGCGACGCGAGGCCGGAUCUGAAGACCUAUCUCAAGGAAAAUAAGAAGUUGAGCGAUAAGAUUGCCAAGGGAGAUUUUGCUACUGGUAAUGAAUAA